ACAUAAAGCCGCUCAAAAACACGACCGCGGUUGAGAAAGUACUUUUUACACAAAGGCUGUGUAAAUUAGUAUCACUUAUAGUUUAGUUUAAGAGUAUCACGGGCACUUUAAGAGCUUGUUUAUAAAUUAUUUUGGAUUUUAUCCUACGUACUUUUUUUCAGUUAGAACUGUAUAGGAUUGUGUGGGUGAGGGAUAAGCUAAAUUUAGAAGCAGACGACAACAGUCAUUGAGCUCACACAUCACAUGAGAAGGUCUGGCAAUGUUUUAACAUUUGCCUGGUCUCGCCGUCUGCACCUCGGAUUCCCGCCAUUAGUAUAAACCAGAAAGAGUAAUGGAGCAUACAACACCACGACCAUUAUCCAGGAGAUCCACACCUCCACCUCGGCCACCACCACCAGAGCUGACUGAGUCAUGUUUUAGAAGUGAAUCCACAGCUAUGUUAUUCAUUGACUUCCAACAGCAACAUGACAAAGCAUUCAAAUCUGUGGAGAAGGCAUUAGCAGCUGAUGAACAUGGAGACACUGCUAAUGCAAAAGAGUAUUACUCACAGGGUCUGGUAUUGCUGGAUCAGGCUUUGGCUGUGGAUUGUGAACAUUUGGUGAAUGCAACACAAGAAGAAAAAGAUGAAGCAAAGAUGAUGCAGAUGAAAAUGAAUAAGAGCAGACUGCAGAUUGCUUAUCGUCUGGAAGCUCUUCAGGCUGACAACAGACCAGCAGUUCCAGAACUGUUUGGCCAGUCAGAGGAGCUGGCAGUCAGGCUUCCAUCUUAUGAGGAAGCAAUUCUGUCCUCUUCGUCUUCUUUAUCUGAUCUAACUCUUGGAGAAAGCAUCAGUGCUGCAGAGCAUGAAGCACAACAAUUGGCCAUUACUAAUGGUACCCAACUGUUUUCGAUUGUAGAUGGGGUACAGAUUUUUUUUAUCACUCCACAGGGAUAUGUUAGCGCCCCAUCAUAUCCAUCUUCUCUUCAUGUUGUCAAGUUUGAAGAUCAAAUUGGAAGAAUUCAGGAAACAUCAGCAACUUCAGAAAUGCCACCAGCAUUUAUGCAAGUUGGAGACUGGGUCUACCCCUUGCUGCCUCAAGCAUCACCAAUAUUACAUACAACAUAUGGUGCUUACAUAUUUCCUGAUUUGACCUCAGAAGAGGCAGGUGCAUCGGUGGGACUUAUUUUACCAGACAAUAUCACUGACACAGAAAAGCACUGCCUGGAGGACAUUUUGAGAAACUUCUCAGCUGUACAGGAACAGCUUGCUACUAUACAUCCAGAGGACCUUGUCGAGCCCUCUGCCCCGCAGGAGGACUCAUCUAGUUCCAUGGUAGAGGAAAUCCAGAUUUCACCUGAUGAGGCUGGCAAACAGUCAACAUCAUCAAAAAUCUCCAAAGGAAUUAUCAUUGCAUCAGAAUGGAUAUCCUGGGGUUUGGGCAAGGGAGCACAGAAGACAGGUGAGCUGAUAAACAAGGGAUCAGUAAAACUGCGCACAAAACUGCAGCCUUUAGACCAGACUAGACCAGUCAACCCUCACAUUCAAAAAGGCAUGGACUAUGCUCGAAAGGCAUCACAUGCUGCCCAGCUAGUGAGUGGCUUUAUAGUUUCCCAGCUAGGGAAGGCAACUGUGGCUCUAGGCAAACAACUUGCUCCUCAUAUUCGGGAACAAGGAAAGAAGAUUCUGCCAAGUUCAAUGAAAACCAGUGAAUCGCAGUCCAAACUGAACAGUGUUUUAGAAGUGGCAGCAAGUGGAGUACAAGGGUUUGGGACUGUAUACCUCAGUCUUGAAAAAGCAGCCAAAGCUCUGGCCAGAAGCUUAGCCAAUGAAACAGUGAGCAUCAUCCAUCACAGGUACGGUGAGGAGGCAGGCAUGCUAACAGAGAACACCUUGUAUACUGCAGGCAAUGUAGUUGCAACAGGUUACAAUAUUAAUCAUCUUGGUGUGAAAGCCAUUGCCAAACAAGCUGCCAAAAACACAAGCAAAGCACUGAUUUGCAGCUCACAAAAUGGGCACAUGAAUCAAAGUGCAUCAGACAGUGAUACAUUCAUGACAGAUGAAAAGGAUAAAAAAAAAAGAUAAAGGAAGAGUUCCAUAACUAUUUCAGUUGUUAAAAAAAUUACAGAGCUAUGAUGUAAUGAUACAAAUUGUCACUUUUGUCUGAUUGACUCAUCUCUACUCUUAAAAAUAUUUAUAUCCAUGCAUACAGGUGUACAUGAAUGAACAGACAUGCAUGUACCUAUUUGAUAAUAAGAGAAAAAUGAAGGCAUGCUAGAAAUAUUUUGUGGUUUUGUGCUGUUUUUAAAUAGCCAUUGCCAUAAUUUCUUCAGACCUAAAUGAGAGCAGAUCAGGAGAAUCUUAGGAAGCAGUUGGGUGAAUAGAUUUCAAUUAUUUUGUUUUAUGGUGUAUUUUAUAGUGGAACAGUGUCUAAAAACACUUGAAUGUGCAGGUCAAGUUGGAGUGGUGAGCAAUGAAAAGUACACACACAUGCAAUUCAUGAAAUUCAAUGCAUACAUAUAUGGCAGUUAGCUUAAAAAAGUAUCACCAAGAACAAAAUAAAAUUUGCAAACUAUAAAAACACAGAGAAAGUGGGAGGGGUAAGAAGCCUUGAGAAGAGGAGGAGAGCAUCAGUUUCUGGAGAGGAUAGGUGGGUUUAAAGACCACCUUCAGGGUCAAAAGUGAUUUCUGUAGGUUGCAAGAAGGCUAAGGCAUUUUCACCAGGGGCAAGAUGGGCAGGAUUUUUUCCAAAUAUUUCCUAUCUGAUGCACGGCACAAAGAGGCUUGGAAACCAGAACAACUCACUUGGUGGAUAGGGUGUCAUAGGUAUCUAAGAGCCAGACCAUGAAAGCAAUGAGAACACAGAAUGGCAUCUUAGUUCAAGCUGGCAACCAAGGAUAUGAUGUUUGAAUUAUACGUAUAAACCAUAUGAGGACAGGUUUUUUUGUAACUGGCUCUAAGGAUCAUAUAAAUCACUGAUAGAUUUACCAUUAAGGUUUAUAUGCUGUUUAUAUUGAGUAUAUGUUUGUUGUGUGUGCAUUGUCUCAGUAUUGUUACAUUUACUAAGAUUUAAAAAACUUUAUUUAUCUUUUUCUCAUAUGCCUAAGCAUUUUUCUAUCUUGAUUUUAAUGAGAGAUGUAGAUCUACAUUUUUUAAGCAGGCAAGAUCCUGUGCUGUGUUCCUGUUGGUAACUUUGGAGGUAAAACAUUAUUAUAAUGAAAAAAGGACCUUCAUACUAUUUGUAACAGACAGUUCAAAAAGUUUCCACAAUUCUUUGGGAUGAUAGACAUGUCUUAUCAGAAGGGUUUCAUCAGUUCCCUUGGGGACCCAAUUCUGUGUGUCUGCAUGCAGGACUGACUACUUGUGGCUGUCCUUUAUUGUUUUUGCCAUGCAGCUUCUGAACACUACUAUGUGUGAUUAUUGCUAUACCUAUAGUUCAUGAUCAUCAUGACCAUGUCAAUCAACAUAACUUGGGCCACUUCCUAUUUAAUUUUGCUGAAUCUCUCAGUGUGAGCAUGGUAUCAAGGAUUUUUCCUAUGAUGUGGUCACACAUUUACUACUGUAUGCAAGUUGGAACAAGAUAGAAUUCAGUUUUGAAUUGCUGUCUUCUUGUAACAUGAACUUAUUUUGUAACAUAAUAAUAAUAAACUUGUGAUUUAUACAGCACAUAAUCACGCUCACAAAGAAGCAUGCUCUCAGCACUUUAGACAAGUAGGAGACAUGGACAGAAGGAGAAACAACUAUGGAGACAAGUUAUAAAAGACAAACAUAGAAGACACAGAGAAAUCAGGGAACCAACUUAAAGGAUGGCAAGUGUCAUAAAUCCAUGGAGGAAGAUGAGCAGCUAAUAUCUUUUUUUGGUAGCAUCUUUUUUUUGUCUUUCUUCAUAGCUCCUGUAAAAAUAUAUAUACAUGUAUAUACAUGCACACAAGAUAUAGAUGCUCCUAAUCUACAUUUACAUAUAGUAAAUUUUACCAUAACUAUUGUACAAUCCAUGAUAGUGUUCCUGCAAAUCAAAGUAAUGAUGUUUAAACUGUAGAAAUUACAUGUUUUUGCAUAAUCUGUGAUUUUUCAAAAAUGGUUUCGUGGGUCUUUGUUAGAGUUCAGCUGUUGAGUAAGUGUCCCGGGAAAUUUUUGACAAUGGCCAGAAUUUACCGCAUACCCAGCAGUGUUUUACAUUAGUGUGUUUCAUUUAAAUGUCUGCAGGCAACAUAAUCACAAGUAUUAAGUCAUACAUAACUGAAAUUUCUCAAUUUAAGGUACAAGGAGAAUUUUAUUUAAGAAAUUUCAAAAUCAUACACAUAAGAAAUGUGAAUGCAUACAUCAUGCAAUAUAUUUACUGGAACAGCAAAUUAUAUGGGUUGGUAAAAUGCAGGGAUGUGUACUCACUUUGUAAUAUAUUUGUAUAUACAUGGGAUGCAAUGUGCAAAAUAUUUGCAUGAGGUUAAGCAGUGUAAUUUUUAACUGGCUGGUGGCAUAGAAAUACAAAUGUACACACUGAAUCAUAUAAAUGCACACAAAAGUAAUUAAGAUAAGGUAAAUUGCUGAAAUCCUACAUGCUAAAAGUGCAUGGAAAAAAUUUAAAAAAACACAAACAUCUGUGAUAAUCUACUGUUUCCCCAUUUUAUAAUGCUAAGAAAAGCAUGAUUUGUAUGAGCACAUUACCAAAAAAAACCUCUAUUGGCAUCAUAUAUAUACUACCAAUUACAAAGCAGUGUCACAUAAAACAUUAUCUUGCAAGCAAGCUCAAUAUCAGUAUGAUUCUAUUUUAUUUUUCCAUUCUUCAUUGAUCAUAAAUGUGGGAGUGUGCAGCUAAUUCCAAAUCUAGUAUCAUCUAUACAUUUUGAUCAGCCCAUGAGGUCUGGUUUCAAGAUGGCACUUGCAAGGUCCAUAAGGAAAACAGUAGAUUAAUUACCAGUUUAGUAUAUGUGCAGAAAACCCUUUACAUAAUGAUAGCAAAUUAAAUCAUUCGCAGAAUUCUAGAACUUGUGAAGAUAACACUGGGUGGGCUUCAGAUAAUAUAUCAAAGGAUAACUAAGGCAAAAUGUUUCAAGUAAAAGGUAAGAAAAAAUGGCUAUGUUUAGUCCCCUAACAUUGUAACGGGUGAACUCUUGGAUUCGAUCACACCAUUUAAAAUGUCACUUAAUGGACCACAAAAAAUGCCUCACUUAAGGUGUGCUUUCCAUAUAUUAAAAAAAUAUUUAAAAAAUCAAA